AUGGCGUCGCUGCUGCGCCUCCCUUCGCCGCUCUCCCCGUCCAAGCCCCUGCUCCGGCCUCGGCUGCUGCCGGCGAGGCCAUCCGCCUCCGAGUCCAGGGGCCAAGCAAGGUAUGAAUCAGUAAAGCUCCAAGGGUCAUUGACGAUUUGUAAUAUUGAAAAGGUGGGUGGUACAACAGAACUGGAAGAAUUAAAAUUAGUCCACUUGCAACACUUAAAUCGAUUAAUAUUAGGUUGGGAUGAAAACCAGUCUGAUAGGGAUCCAAAAAAGGAACAAGAUGUUAUUGAAUGCCUUAAGCCACACAAUAAUCUUCAAGAAGUGUGCAUUAGAGGACAUGGAGGUCACACAUACCCAACUUGGCUAUGUUCAGACCGCUCUGCUAAGAAUUUGGAAUGCCUUUGUCUCAAAGGUGUAGCCUGGAAAAGUCUUCCAAGCAUCGCAGGCCCAAUCUUUCAGAAUCUGAAAAGGCUAGAACUUGUCAACAUAUCGACUCUGAAUAAAUGGAGUGCAGAUAGCCCUUUCUCUAAGCUAGAGAGCUGCCAUUUAUUGGCAUUUACUAAUCUGCGUGAAAUAGAGGAGUAUGAGAUCAGUAAAUGCCCACAUGUGCCUCUAAAUCACCUGCAACUGCUAAAUUCUCUGAUGAGCCUGAGGAUAAGUCACUGUAGUAAUGUCUUGUGGCCGACUGAAGCUAGGAACGAUUCCCCAUUCGAGUUUCUAGUUGAACGGCUCAGGAUAUUUGAUUGUGGUGCCACUGUGAAGGAAUUGACAGAUCUAAUCUCUUAUUUCCCCAACCUCUCAACGUUGGAACUACGGAGGUGUGAUAACAAGCAGGCAGGUGGAGUUGAGGAAAUAGAAGCUGCAGCAGGAGGACAGCUGCCUUUGCCCCUCCAAUUAAAGGAGUUGCUCCAAAAUCAGAGCUCUCUCAGAUCACUGAGUAUAUGGGAUUGCCCCAUGCUUCUAUCCUCCAGUUCGCUCCCCUCGUUUUACUGUCCUUUCCCGACCUCCCUGCAGUCCCUCCAGCUUGGUGGUGUGAAGGAUGCUAUGCUUACACUGUCUCGUCUCACAAAUCUGACCAGAUUGGUCCUAACUGAUCGUGGGGGUCUAAGUCAGCAUAGAAAUUAG